GAUUUGCGUCUCUUUGAUAUUUUUUCACUCAUGUAAAGACAUCGUCAGUUUUAAGUACACAUGCAGAGUGUCGCAUAUUUUGAUUUAUAAAUUGCGCCCACGGCCGUAAAAGUGAAUGUUCUUUGCGUUUCAAAGCAUAUGCACGCUACUUUUCCCUAUAAUAGCUCUAAAACGUCAUUGUUGUUUCGGAUUUCAAACAUUUCGGUUGAGCAUCACUGAAGAGACAUUAUUUGUCGAAAUGCGCAUCUGGUGCAUCAAAAUUGGUAUAAGUUUUACAAUAUAAUAAUAUCAGUCCUGGAUUUUAAGGUCAUACUCGAACUAUCCAUAAUUCUCACUUCUAAAUUCCGGAACUUGACGAAGUCAGUUACAACCUAUAUUAUAUGUUUUGAGUUUCAAGCGGGUCGGGAUUGCGAUUUGAACCCGGGCCUCAAAGUUAGCGCACUACGCUACAGCUUUAAGGGUGGCCAAGGGGUAGCACAUGGUUAAUCUAACAGAAUUUACUUCUACUACACCAUAUAUUGUUUGAGCUAUCUGUUUUCUAAAAAAAAAAACAAAAAAAAAAAACAAAAAAAAACUUUGAAUUGUAGGGGAAGUAAAACCAAAGAAAAAGAGGUUCCUGCAGAGAAAAGCCGAACAUAGAAAACAAGAACUUCAUGAACCAGAAAGUGAUAAUUUUGAAGGACGAAAAAAUGAUCACCAUUUGACAUCAGAAGAGAACGAAGAUGCUAAACCUGGCGUUCAUCAAAUUUCCAAUAACGAUCUGGUGGACGAGAAUACUGUCCAAACACCUGCCGAUAUCGGAAUGAGUAUUAAAGGACUUAGUAAAUAUCAUUGAAUCUAAAUAAUAUGAUUUAACAAAGGAGCGGUAUAUUGUCCUUGCCUUUAGUUUGAUAGCAUUGUAAUAUUGUAUAAUGUUAAAUAUUCUACUGUUAUUGUAAAGAUGAAUCUGACGACGAACAUGAUGAAAAUCAAGAAUCAGAGAAAAGGCACCGAAGACAGAAUGAUACAAUUGCAGCGGAAGAUAUACGAAUACGACUGAAGUACCCAGAUCAAGAACAAUCAGGUAGUAUAAAAUGACUGGUCUCUAAUUAUUAGGACCAUCAGCACUAUUCAUCAAUGAAAUGACACUCGGUACUUUUCCCGUCCAACAGUGAAAUGAAUGUCAAUUUAUCAACAUUAUUUUUAGAGUGGAACAAUCCACAAUCGUUCAAGGAUAAUGAACACGGAGAAAACAGACAGGAGGGUGCUACUGAAGAGGAGGAGUCUGGUGGCAAUGGAUAUGAAAAUGCGGAAUCUGGUAAUGCAAACCAAACACCAGAUGAUACACGUAUAAAAGAAGGCAAUUGUGUAUUAUUUAACACCACCAAAAGCAAAAUAAAGCACAAAUAUCGAAAUGGUUUUUCUUUUCAAAUGCUAAAAAUAGAAAUAAUUUCUUACCAUUGUCAAGAUUCUGGUGAUGAAUCAUCCAGUUCAAGUGGUACAGAUUCUGACAGUGAAACAUUCAGUUCAAAUACCGGUACCAGCGACGAGGACAAAUGUCGGGAAAAAGUAGGCUCUAAUGAAGCGCUAGAAAUCUUUAAUGACAUUGGUGAAGACAACCUCAGCAAGAACGAAAAUGGAAAAUAUGAAUGGCAAUGGAGAAACGAAAACGGCUGGGAGGAAGGACGAAAACACGAGUCGACCAACCUACAAGAUGUUUUAAGGACUCGGAAAAAUGAAAAAGGUUUCAUCAUAAAGACUAAAAACGGAUAUAAAUGGAAACUCCUACCGGAAGAAUCCAUAAUUGAAGACAAUACAAGCACCAAUAUCCCUGAGGGCGGAGGUAACGAUGAUUUAAACAGCAAGAACUACGUGGAAAAUACCGUGCAGUCUUUCGUGGAAAAGAACAGAAAAAUUAUAUUCAUUGGACCAGUAGGAUCUGGGAAAAGUGCAACUAUAAAUACAUUGCUUGGAGAGAAUAGAGCCCCCUCGGAGAAUAACUUGAAAGCAAAUUCACUGACGAAAGAAAUUACAGAGUAUGAGUCGGAAUAUGGAAUACUAUUUGACACGCCCGGGUUAUCGGAUGAAAGUUUACCAUCCGUGUUGAAUUACAUGGACAGAAAUCCACCAGAUGUCAUUGUUCUUGUCUUUGCUGCGAGUAGAUUAAGAUCUAGCCAAAAGGAAGCUAUCCAACAAAUAAAAUUCAAGCUUGGGACAUAUUUUAGUAAAGCUUUCUUAUUGCUCACUAAAGGCGGGGAUCUACAAGACAAUGAACAUGACUUCAUUGACAACGAGAAAAGCGAAGAAAUAUGUUCACUAUAUAGCAGUGUUGGUAAGCGAUGUGUUGUGUUUGAAAAUGGGGCAUCUAUGGAAGAAAAACAAAAGUACAUUUGCAAAUUUAAGGACAGUAUUCGGCAAAUUCUGAACCAUGAAGAAGAUUCAUCCACAAGUUUGAUGGACAGCUUGCUCGAUUUUAUUUAAAAAAUCAAGAAUAGCCUUCCUUUCAAGAAACAGGGUCCCCCUCACUGAUUUAUAUACAAAAUCAUGAACGAAUUAGAUGGAAAGACAACGAAAGACAAAUAGACUUACAAAAGAGUUGUAAUUUUUUCGUAAAACGUCUUCAUUAACAGUGAAAUACAAAAUUGUUGAACAAGAGAUUGCAUAGAGAAAAAUGUAUGUGUAUUUAUGUUUAAAACAUCAUACUUUUCUGUACAAAUCAUGGCUUUUAGACGGUUAAUCACAUAGGCAAGUCUCUGAUUUUAAGCCACCUUCAUUUCUAAAUCACAUCUGUACACAUGUGUUAAUUGAUAGCGAUGAUUUAUAACUAGACAUAGUAGGACUGAUGUGAUAUGACAUACACUAACAAUGUUAUAUGCGUUUGUAAUAAAUCAUUGAAAAGCA